GAUGGGAUGGCGUCCUGUUCGCACGCUACUGACUCUGCAGGUGCUUCUCAUGCCUGCGUUGCUUCUCACUUCAGAUGUGAUCACAGCCUUCCAGGGGACCACAGUCAUGCUCCCAUCAUGUGAAAGCAACAAGGAAUUCACUGAUGUUCAAUGGAAUUUUCAGCAGAGAAGUAAAAACAAACUACUGGCCAUGCGUCGAUAUGGACAAAACUGGAGAAAGUUUGGACAAGACAGAUCAUUUAGUGUUACAGACAAUGGGACCCUCGUAUUUCAGGCUGAAGAUCACCUGGAUGCUGCAGAAUUCAUCUGUCAGAUUGUGUUCUCGGACGGUACCAUUCAACAACGCCUGUUUCAACUGCACAUUCAGCAUCAUAACAUCAGCUCAGUGACACCUUCGGGGAAUCUUACGGCUGAUAUGACUGCGGAGGACAAGAGUGACUCAUUCCUGGUCAUUGUCAUUGCAUGUCCAGUGGUGGCCGUCGUGCUUAUCAUUGGGGUGCUGGCUGUUGUUACAUACAGAUGCAGAAACACUGGGGAUGAUGCAGUCUAUGCUAAUAUAGGUCAAGGGCAGCAACAUCAGUUAAAACCCUUGCCAAGACAAUCUCACGCCUAAACUGAACGUCUGGCAGUGGAUCCACAACCACAAGGACACUUCAUCUCAUCUGCUCAUCGAGGGGCUGCUGACAGCUUCUGCACAGGGCAAAGCACAGAGCAAAGUUUUCUGAAAGG